AUGCCUGCCGAGUGUGACCGGAGCAUUGUGGCAUUGCAUGGAUGGAUUGGGAACUAUGCGUCAUCCUAUGUCAAACGUCAAUCGACAAAAUUGCCACCUGCCAUUUACGACCGCAGCAUACUGUUUGAUCACUUUGAUCAACACACGUCCAAGUGCAAAAUUUGUUCCACGGCACUGGACAAACUCCAACGGAGAAAACGAAACAGUCAAAUCGUCUUGGCGGCAUCGAUUUUGUUGGGACUCCGGUUUUGGCCCAUGCGGCUGCUGGCAGUGGCCAGUUUGGGGACUUGGAGAUUUUGGAGUCAGAUCGAAGGCAAAUUCUAUAAAGGAGAAUUCAAGCACCACCAGAAUCAUUAG